UGUAACUCUCGAGUGUUUUUCCAGCAGUAAAGUCCUCUCUCUUUCAACAGGGUAAAAUCGGCACUUGCAACAGUUCCCAGCAGAGUCAAUUUGAUGCUUGCCUCUUACCAAUCUAGAGCAAUAUGAUGUUUUGGCAAAGAGAUCCUCCUACCGCACAUUGACACCCAAGGGAGACUGUUCGAAAGGCGACAGGCGAGAAAGGAGGCCCGUUCGCAAGAUGUUUGGAAAAUCGAGUUUGAAAAUCGUCAGCCUUGUCACCACCACGAUAUGUGCCAUCACGAUCAUUUCCGACUUCAUUGGCAUGCUACAUCGUCCCCAAGCUCUCAGUGGUGCUACCAGCAGCAUAGGUACCAAAGUGCCACGAUCAAGUAUUGCGAAGCUUUCAAUGCUCUAUGGGGAGCCUAAUCCCCUCUAUGAACGGGCGCUGGCCGCCAAUAUUCCGCACAACAAGAACUUCGGAUACAGCAUGUAUGUGCUGAGAGAAAAGACUCUUCCAGGCUAUUGGUCCAAACCGGCAUACAUUCUGGACCAGUUGCUUGCUGAGUUGGCACUGCCGCAGGAGGAGCGGCUAAAAUGGUUGGUAUGGUUCGACGGAGAUAUUGUCUUGAUGAACCCGAAGAUUCCUUUGGAAAUCUUUUUACCCCCGGAGGACAAAUGGGGCCAUAUUCAUGCGUUGGUUACCAACGACCAUCGAGGGCUAAACAACGGCGUGUUUUUCUUGCGUGUGCAUGAAUGGUCGGUAUGGCUGAUGACGGCCACUCUGGGAUUGGAAAUCUAUGAGCCUGAUACUGAGCUGGAGUUUGGCGACCAGUCCGCAAUGGGAAUCUGGGUGCUGGAGGAGAGAUUCCGUGCAAACAUCAUGCAUGUGCCACAGAGGUGGUUCAAUGCAUAUGCUGGUAAUCGUGGUGAGACGAAUGGAUUGUUCGCGGAUCCUUUGGCACCACAGUCGAAAGUCCAUGCCAAUUCGAUCAAAGAGGGAGACCUGCUUGUCCACCAUGCUGGUCACAAAUCUCUCAGAGCACAACGCAUGGCACCGUGGAUGGACGUUGCUGAGCAGCAUCUGCCACAGUGGGAGUUGGAGCUGGAAGAAACAACAUACCAGCAAGAAAUCGCCGAUUUUUGGAAGACUGAGGCGCCAGAAGAAAGCCAACGAGUCGACAAGAUGAUUAAACAGGAAGAAAAGAAGAAGGCCGACAAAAGAAAGACACAAGCGAAGAUAGAAGUAAAGGCGGAAUAAGGCGUAUUGCGAGGGAACUCGACAACUAGAGAAACAGUCUUCAACAUGAGAAUGGACUUUGAGAGGGUUGCACUGGGAGGAUCUAUUUUACCUUCGAUGAGACCGGAUUGUUACAGAAGAAGAGGAUGGAAUGAUUUUAUAUUAUAAUGACUUGAUGAAGUAAGGUUGAUGGUGUUGUUGAGCAAGGAAGAAAGAGUACGAGGAGUGAGGAAUG